AUGGACUCACCACAGACUUUUCGAAAGCAACUGCCAUUCUACGGGCGACACAAUUCCGAAUUUCUGGCCAAUUCAUCCACGACAAGCUUGCACAGUAGUAGCAAUAAUAGCAGUAAUUUACUGCUGUCAAACAGAUCAUCAGCGUAUACGCCCAAUAUCGAGAGACAAUUGAAUUCACUUGUGGUUGAGGAUGAUGACACUCAGAAAGAUACGGCAGAACUAUUACAACAGACAUUCGAUCAAUUGGAUACGCACCAUUUCACUCAAGCUCCAUCACAGACCAAGAUCAUAGAUCCAUAUCACACAAGAGUAAUCAUACUAGCCUGGUUCACAAAGACGAUGACAGUAUGCAAAUGUCAAGACUUUUCAGCAUUCACCUAUCCAUUUUCGGAGCAGCCUGUGAUCACAGGAAAAACUAUAACAGGUUUCUACAUCCCAACACCCACAAGUAUCCGCAACUACUUGGAUUAUCCCGAUGCAAGCGUUUUGAAAGACAUGAUCUUGCCUUAUCCGUUUCGAGUAAAAGAACCAGUAUCUCAGCGAUUGGAGCGACUCGAUAGCAGCAGCCCUUUUAUGGCGAUGAAUUCACAGCAGCCACCACAGCGACAAUGGCGAAAAAAGAGCAACGAAAGCUCUACUGCAUUGCAGCAGCAUCCCAUCAAGCCUUCCAAGAGACAUAGCUUGGCUCUAGGACAAGUGGAUCGGAUUGUAAGAAAGAACAGCAUGAGAAAGACAGACACCCUUCUCAAGCCGCAAGAACCAGCACCUAAAAGCAAGCAACGCGGGCAUACGAGAACUGCAUCCGUCAAUUCGGAUCUUACGCAAGACAUUAUAACGUGGAUGCCUGAUCAGAAUACCGAUUGGGCGCAGGAGACUGAUGCACAUGCCCCUCUCAACAGCAUACCUAGCGACGCCAACAUGCCACUCCGCCUGCAUAUACCGUGGCAUAAUGAGCUUAGCCGUGGUGUUGGGCAUACUGGAGCCUACACUGACAAUCCACUGCACCCUUUGGACCAUACAGAGAAUAGACAAAUGGACUAA